UUGCAAGAAAGAAAAAAGGACACCUCUCUUAACUCCACGCCGCCGCCGUUGCUGCUCCCUUUUGUUCUCAGCUCGGCGCCUCUCGCAACCCGAGCGCGGUUAGCCCACGCACCGACCCGACGCACGCCACCGUCUCCCAUCCCGAAUACCUCCGGUGCUCAGCGUCAUGGACGGCCUCUCCAAGACCAUCGGCGGCGGUGGCCCUAGCGUUCCGGCGGGAUCCCACCCCGCGGGCGGGAGCCAGGCGGCGGCCGGAGGAGGCGCGACGCAGCGGACGCAGUACCCGUAUGUGACUGGUACUUCAGUCAUUGCCUUGAAAUACAAGGAUGGUGUGAUUAUGGCAUGUGACACUGGAGCCUCCUAUGGAUCAACUUUGAGAUACAAGAGUGUGGAACGCAUUAAGGCAGUUGGCAAGCAUAGCAUCAUUGGAGCAAGUGGAGAGUACAGCGAUUUCCAGGAGAUCCUGCGCUAUCUGGAUGAACUAACUCUGUCUGAUCAUAUGUGGGAUGAUGGAAACUCCCUGGGCCCCAAAGAGAUCCACUCUUAUUUGACAAGAGUGAUGUACAACAGACGCAACAAGUUUGAUCCUCUCUGGAACUCACUUGUACUUGGUGGAGUGAAAAAGGGUCCAAAGGGAGAUGAGAAGUAUCUUGGCAUGGUUAACAUGAUUGGCACCCACUUUGAGGAAAACCAUGUGGCUACUGGAUUUGGAAAUCAUCUGGCGAUCCCAAUACUUCGUGCUGAAUGGCGCGAGGAUAUGACUUUUGAAGAAGCUGUUAAGCUGGUUGAGAAGUGCUUGCUGGUCUUGCUGUACCGUGACAGGUCAUCUAUCAACAAAUUCCAGAUUGCCAAGAUCACAACUGAAGGAUCAACCAUCUAUCCACCAUACUCCUUGAAGACUUACUGGGGCUUCACUCACUUUGAAAACCCAGCCCAGGGCGCUGUGGGAUCAUGGUAGAUUUAUGUUCCGUGCACGCCACGAAUCAUGCCAUGAACUUAGGGGAAAACAAUCUGUGCUGCUGAAAUUAAAUCCUUUGUCGACGUUUGUUCUGAACAUCACUGGAACUCUGCAUUUGCUUGUAUGACAUGCUUAUGGUUCAGCGAGUUUAAUUCCAGGGUUUGGUCAAUUGUUGUGAAUGUGAAAAAAUGGAUUGUGCGGUUGCGUUCUCA